UCUGUUCGGCUGCUAUUCUCAUACUCGACUCGGGAGAAGGCUAUUCGCCGCCGCAGCCGCUAGGGUUCGUUCAGGCGCUCUAUUCCAAGCUAUGGAAACUGCUCUGUCUCCUGCUAAGGACUCUGCACCCGGAACUGAGGUGAAGCUAUUCAACCGAUGGAGCUUUGAUAGUUCUGAGGUCAAGGUCAAUGACAUUUCUCUUGAGGAUUACAUUGGAAUCCAGCCAACCAAGCAUGCUACUUAUGUUCCUCACACAGCUGGGAGGUACUCUGUCAAGCGUUUCAGGAAGGCCCAGUGCCCAAUUGUUGAGAGGCUUACAAACUCUCUUAUGAUGCAUGGCCGAAACAAUGGGAAGAAGCUGAUGGCUGUUAGGAUUGUUAAACAUGCCAUGGAAAUUAUUCAUCUGUUGACUGAUCUGAACCCAAUUCAAGUUAUUGUUGAUGCUGUUAUCAACAGUGGACCUCGUGAGGAUGCUACUAGAAUUGGUUCUGCUGGUGUUGUCAGGCGUCAGGCUGUUGAUAUUUCCCCUCUUCGACGAGUUAACCAGGCCAUCUAUCUCCUCACCACUGGUGCUCGUGAGGCUGCUUUCAGGAACAUCAAAACAAUUGCUGAAUGUUUGGCUGAUGAACUCAUUAAUGCUGCUAAGGGUUCAUCUAACAGCUAUGCAAUCAAGAAGAAGGAUGAGAUUGAAAGAGUUGCCAAGGCCAACCGUUGAAGAGGAGUCAAGAUCUUUUUGGUGUUUCCAUUCAGUACUUAAAAAUGUUUUCUGUUUAGCUGAAAUGACAUGUUAUGAUUUAGCUUCUUCUUUGCAGUGGGAGUUUACUUCCUUUUUGUUGGAGUUUCAUUAGUAAUCUUAUAUGUUUAAGUAUGAAUUUUACUUUUUAAUGAGACAUGCAUGAAGUUCAUGCUUUAUUUUGAGUUCUAUCCUAUGAAGAUUGGUGUUGAGCAAGUGUUUCAA